AUUCAUCGCACGUGGCAGUGCCGGUGAAUAGGCCAAGUUGGGAUGCUCUCCGGCUUCGAAAGGUGGGCGACUUUAGCUCGAGAUACGAACAAGCCUACCAGCCUUUCAUCCACGAGCGAAAACUCCGCGCAUGGACAUGCAAACAAACCUACGUGUCAACCUUGCCUUUCACUACCAUCCUUUUCUUUUUACCAACAACUAUUCUCUCUCUCUUCCUCCAUUGCUCAUCUCUUCGAACCUUAGCACCAUGAAUGGCUAUGGAGAAGAACUCCCACGCUGCUAUUUCCACCCAAGGCAAAUCGUUGUGGGGAUAUGUUCCCUUUGCUUGAGAGAGAGGCUCCUGUGCUUGGCCGCAAAACAAGGCCAUCAACACCAGGCCAAAGACACCCACAGAUCUUUCCGAGUUCUCAAAGGGAAGCUCACCAUCUAUCUUCCUAGAUUCUUUGUUCUGAGCUCAAUCCUCCACCGUUUCAGAUUCCAACAUCAAAGAACGAACGACAGCUUCAAUGAAGGCUCGGACGUCGCCAGUCAAGAUUCAUUCAUGACCAUCGAGUUCGACAACGAGCAGCAUGGACCGCAGGGUCAUGAAAGAUCGACCAUGAAGGCUUCCUUGAAGCUUGUGGACUCCACCAGCAGCAGCCACCAGGCCAUGCCAUGGCAGCACAAGAAUGGAGGAAAUGUGGUGGAGUAUGAUAAACAACCUGGUGUGCCAAGGUGGCGCAAGCGGAUUGGCCGCCUGUUCAAGCUUGCAAGGUGGAAGAUGGCGACUCGCUAGGCCGGGCACGUGGAAGGGGAGGAUUGAGAGGAGGAAGGGUUGGAUAAGGAAAGGAGAGCCAUAGGAGGAGGACCACCUCAAAGUAAAGAGAAGGAAGGAAGAAGGUGGAGGCAGAAAAAAAGACACAACAAGCUUCCACCGUGACAAAAAUAUUUAGUGCUCUUUCUUUCUGUUGCCAACGGUGCAUGUAAUUAAAUGUAUGAGGGAAUUAAGAUGGACUUCAUUAGCAAAUUAAAUAUAUAUAUAUAUGGAUCUGUAAUUAGAAAUUCUAA